CAUGAUUUAUCCCCACGCACAGCAUUACGUAUGCAUGCUUUCGCUUUCGCAGAAACUGGAAAAAGCGAAAUUAAUCCUAAAUUCUCAUUAUUAUUGUGAAUUACUUAUCUUGCGCCGUGUUACUUUGUGAAACAGCGGAGCCCAAGUCAAGAGUGCAGUAGAUAAUUUAUCGAGCGCACCCGUGCUUGUUCCUUACACUCUUACUGCAUUGUCCGCGACGUCUGCUUGGUUGAGGAUUGGCGUGCGGGGAAUGCGGAGUGGCGCUCCCGCGGCCGUAUUGCGCUAGAAUUUUAGCUGGUGGCGUCCACCGUCUACCUAAUCGUCGCCGAGGGAGAAAUUGUGCGUUGUUGAGGGAGCUGGUCGAUUGGCGGACAGAAUGGCCACCUCCAUGUCCAUCACGCGCAUCCAGCGCGAACUGGCCGACGCGGCCAAGACGACGGACGCGGAGCGGGGAAUCGUCAGUCUCGAGUCGGUGGACGGCCGGCUGGACAAGCUGCUGGGCACGAUCAAGGGUCCCCAGGGCACCCCCUACGAGGGCGGCACCUUCCAGAUCGACGUGAAGAUCCCGCCCGAGUACCCGUUCCGGCCGCCGGAGAUGCGCUUCAUCACCAAGGUCUGGCAUCCCAACGUCAGCAGCGCCACGGGCGCCAUCUGUCUGGACAUCCUCAAGACCAACUGGGCCGCCGCCAUGACGCUCCGCACCGUCCUCAUCUCCGUCCAGGCCCUCCUCAGCUCCCCAGUGCCGGAUGAUCCGCAGGACGCCAUCGUGGCCGGUCAGUUCAAGAGCAACCGACACCUGUUCGACCUGACGGCGCGCUACUGGGCGCAUGUGCACGCGCACGCCCCCACCACCGUGCCGGAGAUGGCCAAUAAAGUGGCGCAAUUGGUAGCCAUGGGAUUUAACGAGAACGACGCCCGCGACACGCUCUCCUGGACGGGAUGGGACGUCACCCGCGCCUCGGAGAAGCUGGCGCCCUGAGAUGGAUUGACUGGCUGUAUUCCUUUUCCACUUGGUUCACACCGUUUUCUAUCCGGUUGAUUUAGUUAAUAUUGUCGUGUUGGGUGUUCGCGUUAAUUUGCCAGAGUUACAUUUACGAAAUGGGGUUUUGUACGGUACUGGAAAUGUAUGCGGUUCAUGGAUCGGUUGGGCGUUCUAGUCGCGGUCCCGCUCAUAGUUUUGCGUAGUAUUCUUGCGGCAUUUUCUCGCUCAAUAUUUCCACCUAUUCUUCGGUACUCGUACAUACUGAAUUACUUAUUCUGGAUUGAAAAGUUGCACAAUUUA